AUGCGCCUUACGCCAAGGGAACUUGAUAAGCUCAUAAUUUACCAAACCGGGUCUCUGGCCCAGCGUCGCCUUGCUCGUGGUCUUAAGUUGAAUCUGGCUGAGGCCAUUGCGGUGAUUGCGUUCCAGUUGCAAGAACGCAUUCGCGAUGGGAAGCAUAGCGUUGCUGAGCUAAUGCAGCACGGAAAGGAGAUUCUUUCCAGGAGACACGUUCUGCCCGGCAUUAGUGUUUUAUUACAUGACGUGCAAGUUGAAGGGACUUUCGAGGACGGGGUAUUCCUUGUGACCGUUCACGAUCCGAUCUGUACCGAUGAUUUGCCCCUCGACAAUGCAUUAUAUGGCUCAUUUUUGCCUGUCCCAUCCAACGCCCUAUUCUCAAUGGAAAAACCGGAACUACAUUCGAGGAAAGCGGCCCCUGGGGCUGUCAUUGUGGGAAAGGAGCCGAUCGUGCUCAACAAAGGAAGGGAGAAAGUUGUGUUGAAAGUGACGAAUACUGGGGACCGCCCUGUACAGAUCGGCUCGCAUUAUCACUUCAUUGAAACGAACCGAGCUCUUCACUUCGAUCGGGCACUUGCAUAUGGAAAACGCCUUAACAUUCCCGCGGGAACGGCUGUGCGCUUUGAACCUGGAGAUACAAGGACCGUUACCCUCACAUCUAUCUCCGGCCAUAAACGUAUUUCGGGAGGCAACAAUCUCGCGACCGGUACGACUUUGGAUCUCAGCCGAACAGACACCAUUGUUCCAACGUUGAUCCAAAGAGGCUUUGGUCAUGUCCCUGAACCCACUGCUAUUAAGAUUCCAGCGUCUGAAAGUGAAUCGGUUGGUGAAUAUGAGAACAUUAUAGGGCGAAAGGCGUAUGCAUCUAUGUAUGGACCUACCUUAGGGGACCGCAUCAGGCUUGGUGACACUGCGUUGUGGAUCGAAGUCGAGAAGGACUACACUGUUUAUGGAGACGAAUGUAAGUUUGGUGGAGGGAAGACUCUGCGCGAGGGAAUGGGCCAAGCCACUGGACGUGGAAGUGAAGAGGCACUGGAUCUGGUCAUUACAAACGCAUUGGUUAUUGAUGCGUCAGGGAUCUUUAAGGCCGACAUUGGCAUUUCUCGGGGACACAUUGUUGGUAUAGGGAAUGCUGGUAACCCUGACAUCAUGUCCUCUGUGACGGACGGCAUGGUCGUGGGUUCUACGACCGAAGUUAUCGCAGGCGAACAUCUCAUAGUUACAGCUGGGGGUGUUGACGCGCACGUUCAUUACAUCUCGCCAACGCAAUGGCCCGAAAGUCUGGCUUCUGGUGUGACUACUAUGAUUGGAGGUGGAACGGGCCCGAGCGCCGGAACUAACGCCACGACUUGUACUCCCAGUCCGUGGUAUUUGGAAACGAUGCUGAAGAGCACAGAUAGCAUCCCAAUGAACUUUGGCUUCACUGGAAAGGGGAAUGAUUCUGAACCGAAGCCUCUGGAGGAAAUCAUUAGGGCUGGGGCAUGUGGGUUGAAGCUUCACGAAGACUGGGGCUCGACACCUGCCGUUAUUAGGAAUGCAUUGGACGUUGCGGACAAAUACGACGUACAGGUCAACAUUCACACUGACACCCUCAACGAAAGCGGGUUCGUCGAAAGCACCAUCGAGGCGUUCGGUGGCAGGACAAUUCACACUUAUCACACGGAAGGAGCUGGGGGUGGACAUGCGCCGGAUAUCAUCGUGGUUUGUGAACAUGAGAAUGUUCUACCGUCGUCAACAAACCCGACUCGGCCAUACGCUCGCAACACGUUGGACGAGCACCUGGAUAUGUUAAUGGUCUGUCAUCACCUUGACCGUUCCAUCCCCGAAGAUCUGGCCUUUGCAGAAUCCCGUAUUCGAGCGGAGACAGUCGCAGCCGAAGAUGUUCUCCACGACAUUGGUGCAAUUUCCAUGAUUUCGUCUGACUCUCAAGCAAUGGGACGCGUGGGAGAAGUCAUCAGUAGGACAUGGAGAACAGCAAGUAAAAUGAGAGAGAUCAGCGGACCCCUGAAAGACCUAGGAGACGAAGAGGGGAAGGAUAAUGGUAGAGUGAAGCGAUACGUUUCCAAGUAUACGAUUAACCCCGCGAUUACGCACGGAGUGAGUCACUUGGUAGGCGCAGUGGCUCCAGGUUUGCUUGCAGAUCUCGUUCUCUGGCGUCCGGAAAACUUUGGCUCUAAGCCCGAAAUGGUGCUGAAGUCCGGCGUUAUCACCUGGGCUCAGAUGGGAGACGCGAAUGCCUCAAUCCCGACGGUGCAACCCGUGCUUCCACGUCCCAUGUGGGGUGCUAAUUCUUCGGCUGCUGCUGCCAACUCCGUAUCCUUCGUAUCAAAGGUGUCCGUUGAAUCAGGUACAAUUAAGAAGUACCACCUCUCCAAGCGCAUCGAAGCUGUACGCGAGUGCCGUAGCGUGAAGAAAGCCUCUAUGAAAUGGAACUCAGCAACGCCUAAGAUGAAGGUUGAUCCAGAAACAUACGCUGUAACGGCGGAUGGGGUAUUGGCGGAUGUAGCGCCAGCGACGACCCUCCCACUGACACGUCGCUACAACAUCUUCUAG